CGAUCCUCUCCCCAAACCCCAAAUUAAAAAGAGAAGAAAAACUGAAACAGAACGAGAAAGGGAGAAGACCCUUUAUCAAACCUUUUUAUUCCUUUGUCCUUCGAACCCUAACUCGUUCUAUCUCUUGAGUCAUGAAAAUUUUUAAACGCUCGAACGUAACUCUUAGUGAUUUGUAUAUCUGAAUCAAACUUGCUCAGAAUCGAUAGACUCUAGGGUUUACUUUCCGCUGCCCGAUUCGUAAAGAUGUCCCUUCCUCCCAUAGAGUGUAAAUACGUUACAGAGGAGUGUCUCCGGGAAUGGAAGAAUGGGAACACCAAUUUCAAGGUACCGAACCCGGUCCCGGCGCUUCGGUUUCUCUACGAGCUCUGCUGGGCUAUGGUUCGUGGAGAAUUACCGUUUCCGAAGUGUAAAGCAGCAUUGGAUUCAGUUGAAUUUUCUGAGAAAAUUUCGAGUGAAGAAAUGGGUUCAAAUUUAGCAGAUAUAGUGACCCAAAUGGCUCAAGAUCUUACUCUGCCUGGAGAGCAUCGUGCUCGCCUUAUCAAAAUGGCAAAAUGGCUACUGGAGUCUACACUGGUCCCAUUGAGGCUUUUCCAGGAACGAUGCGAGGAAGAAUUUCUAUGGGAGUCUGAAAUGAUCAAGAUAAAGGCCCAGGAUUUAAAGGCAAAAGAGGUCAGGGUAAACACCCGCCUUCUUUAUCAGCAAACGAAAUUCAACCUUCUUAGGGAAGAAAGUGAGGGUUAUGCUAAGCUGGUUACACUUCUCUGCCGAAGUGGUCCUGAAGCUUCAACUAACAAUGCAUCAACAGCAAUGAUCAGCAUCAUUAAGUCACUAAUUGGACACUUUGAUCUGGAUCCGAAUCGUGUUUUUGAUAUUGUUUUGGAAUGUUUUGAACUUCAGCCUGACAAUGGUGUCUUUUUAGACUUGAUACCUCUUUUCCCAAAGUCUCAUGCUUCUCAAAUCUUGGGUUUUAAGUUCCAAUAUUAUCAGCGCAUGGAAGUAAAUAAUCCUGUGCCUUUUGGACUCUAUCGACUUACAGCUGUGCUUGUGAAAGCAGAGUUCAUUGAUCUUGAUAGCAUAUAUGCACAUUUGCUUCCUAAGGAUGAUGAAGCUUUUGAGCAUUAUAAUGCAUUUUCUGCCAAGCGGUUUGAAGAGGCUAACAAAAUUGGCAAAAUAAAUCUUGCUGCUACUGGAAAGGAUCUGAUGGAAGAUGAAAAACAAGGGGAUGUGACAAUAGAUCUUUUUGCUGCUUUAGACAUGGAAAGUGAAGCCGUUGCUGAACGUUCAACUGAGCUGGAAAAUAACCAGAGUCUGGGUUUGCUCAGUGGGUUUCUUUCUGUUGAUGACUGGUAUCAUGCUCAGAUAUUGUUGGAUCGUCUCUCUCCGCUUAAUCCUGUUGCACAUGUGCAAAUAUGUGAGGGUUUAUUUAGGCUCAUUGAAAAAUCAAUCUCUUCAGCAUAUGAUAUUGUUCGCCAUACACAUAUUCAUAGUGGACUGUCCACUGGAUCUGUUUCUGAUAAUAUGGAGAUAACAGAUGCAUCAUCAGUCAAGAGAUCUUUUGUUGAUCUUCCAAGAGAACUUUUUCAAAUGCUUGUUUCUGCUGGUCCUUAUCUCUACCGUAAUACUGUACUGUUACAGAAGGUAUGCAGGGUCUUAAAAGGCUAUUAUCUGUCUGCACAAGAGCUUGUGGGUUCUGGUGGUGAGACUACUUACCCUGAGUCUGGGAAUGGGGGAAGCCGAGGUCCUGGUUUUCACCUGAGGGAAGCUCAGGCAAGGGUUGAGGAAGCACUAGGAAAAUGCAUUCUUCCUUCUUUGCAGUUGAUACCUGCAAAUCCAGCUGUUGGACAGGAGAUAUGGGAAGUAUUAAGUCUCCUCCCAUAUGAGGUGCGGUAUCGUUUGUAUGGAGAAUGGGAAAAGGAAGAUGAGCGGAUUCCAAUGAUUUUGGCUGCAAGACAGACAGCAAAGUUGGACACCAGAAGAAUCCUAAAACGACUUGCGAAGGAAAAUUUAAAGCAGCUUGGUAGGAUGGUGGCAAAACUAGCUCAUGCCAACCCAAUGACAGUGCUUCGAACAAUUGUACUGCAGAUUGAGGCAUACCGGGAUAUGAUCACUCCAGUUGUAGAUGCAUUCAAGUAUUUGACACAGCUUGAGUAUGAUGUCUUGGAGUAUGUUGUGAUUGAGCGGUUGGCACAAGGGGGCCGUGAAAAGCUAAAGGAAGAUGGCCUUAAUUUGUCUGACUGGCUUCAAUCUUUGGCUUCCUUUUGGGGCCACUUGUGUAAGAAGUACCCUUCAAUGGAGUUAAGGGGUCUUUUCCAAUAUCUUGUGAAUCAGUUGGCAAAGGGGAAGGGAAUUGAGCUUGUUCUUUUGCAGGAGCUCAUUCAACAAAUGGCCAAUGUCCAAUACACAGAAAACAUGACAGAGGAACAAUUGGAUGCAAUGGCAGGGAGUGAGACACUGCGGUAUCAUGCUACUUCUUUUGGAACAACAAAAAACAACAAGGCUUUGAUAAAAUCCACAAAUAGGCUGAGGGACUCAUUACUUCCAAAGGAGGAACCUAAGUUGGCAAUCCCUCUUUUGUUGCUCAUAGCCCAACAUCGUUCUGUGGUCAUCAUGAAAUCAGAUUCACCGUAUAUUAAGAUGAUUAGUGAGCAGUUUGAUCGUUGCCAUGGAACCCUUCUUCAGUAUGUGGAAUUCCUUUGUAGUGCACUAUCACCAGCUACAGCCUAUGCUCAGCUAAUCCCCACUCUUGAUGAUCUUGUCCACAAAUACCAUCUUGAACCUGAGGUGGCUUUUUUGAUAUAUCGGCCUGUGAUGAGGCUCUUCAAGUGCACAGGUGGUUCUAGUAUCUUCUGGCCUUCCGACAAUACUGAAGAGGCAAAUAUAUUAAAUACUGAAAAAGAUUCUGAACCUUCAGUCUCGUCUACCAAUGAAGUUCUGGAUCUUGGCUCUCAUCUGAAGCCUAUAAUGUGGUCAGAUCUUUUAGAUACAGUUCGAACAAUGUUACCUUCAAAAGCUUGGAAUAGCCUAUCUCCUGAUCUCUAUGCUACAUUUUGGGGGCUUACUCUUUAUGAUCUUUAUGUUCCAAAAAACCGUUAUCUUUCUGAAAUUGCCAAGCAGCAUGCUGCGCUGAAAGCCCUUGAAGAGCUUACUGAUAAUUCAAAUUCUGCAAUAGCCAAACGGAAGAAGGACAAGGAAAGGAUCCAAGAAUCACUAGAUCGUUUGACAGGUGAGCUACAAAAACAUGAAGAAAAUGUUGCAUCUGUCCGCCGACGGCUUGCUCGAGAGAAGGAUAAGUGGCUUAGUUCCUGCCCAGAUACUUUAAAGAUCAACAUGGAAUUUCUUCAGCGCUGUAUUUUUCCACGCUGUAUAUUUAGCAUGCCAGAUGCAGUUUACUGUGCCAUGUUUGUGCACACGCUACAUUCUCUUGGGACACCAUUCUUUAACACUGUUAAUCAUAUUGAUGUUCUCAUAUGCAAGACCUUGCAACCAAUGAUCUGUUGUUGCACUGAAUAUGAAGCAGGUAGACUUGGGAGGUUUUUGUAUGAGACAUUAAAAAUGGCCUACCAUUGGAAGAGUGAUGAAUCUAUAUAUGAACGUGAGUGUGGAAACAUGCCGGGCUUUGCUGUGUAUUACAGAUAUCCAAACAGUCAGCGUGUCACAUAUAGCCAGUUUAUUAAGGUACAUUGGAAAUGGAGUGUGAGAAUUACACGGUUGCUCAUUCAAUGUCUGGAAUCGGCCGAGUAUAUGGAGAUUCGAAAUGCACUUAUUAUGUUGACAAAAAUUUCAAGUGUCUUCCCAGUAACUAGAAAGAGUGGGAUUAAUCUUGAAAAACGGGUAGCUAAAAUUAAGGGGGAUGAGAGAGAAGAUCUCAAGGUAUUGGCGACAGGUGUUGCUGCAGCUCUGGCUUCUAGGAAGAGCUCAUGGGUUUCUGAAGAAGAAUUUGGCAUGGGCUAUGUUGACCUAAAGCCCGCACCAUCACCUGCUACAAAGUCUUCAGCUGGUAAUUUAGUAGGUGGAUCUAAUGGUCCUGCCCUUAAUAUUUCUCAAACUGAGUCUGUUGGUCAAAGGAAUAUGAGUACAGCAACACAACUUCUAGACUCUGGAAAUGCUGUCAAGGAUCUCACACCACGAACAAAACCUGCAGAUGGGAGGGUGGAACGGGCAGAAGGCACUACAGUUAAUAAACCUGAUCCAGGGCAAGCAAAAGGAAAAAGUGGCUCAUUAGCAAAUGGGUUGGAUGCUCAGAUGACUGUGCCUUCUGGUGCUGUACAAGCUGGACCAUCCAGGCAAACUGAAACUCAAAAACGUGCAGACGAACCUGCAAAGGGCUCAUUGGAUGAAAACAUGCCCAAAGUUGCACCAAAGACUGCUACUGAAUCAGAGAUGAGGCCCACAGUAAAACGUUCAAUUCCUACUGGAUCUCUUUCCAAGCAACAAAAACAGGAGGUUACAAAAGAUGAUAACAAAUCUGGAAAAGCAGUUGGAAGAAUCCCUGGUCCUUCUAGUGAGAGAGAUAUUUCUGCUCAUCCAUUAGAAGGUAGGCAAGGUGGGGCAGCCAAUGCUGCUUCUGCAGUUGCAUCAAAUGGUAACACAGUUCCAAUUAACACUAAAGGUUCAACCACAUCUGCCAGAACUUCCAUGGAUGUGUAUGGUAGUAUAACGAAGAUGGACAGUAUAGCUGCUAAGCCAUCUGAUGCAAGGAUUCCUGCUGGAAAGGAUGUGGAUGACUCUGAAAUUUCUGAAGUGGCAAGGCCCUUCUCAUCCCGGCCUGUUCAUUCUCCUCUCCGUGAUGAUUCUUUCAAUUCUUCAAAAUCUGCAGACAAGCAGCAGAAGAGAACUAGUCCAAAUGAGGAACAGGACAGACAGAACAAACGGAGGAAGGGAGACAAUGAAGUGAAAGAUUUAGAAGGUGAUGUCAGAUUCUCUGAAAGAGAUAGGUCCAUUGAUGCCAGGAUAGCGGAGAAACCUCAUUCUCUGGAUCUUGACAAAAUAGGAAUUGAUGAGCAUAUUCAAAGCAGGGCUACAGAGAAGCUUCUGGAUCGGAAAGAGAAGGCCAGUGAAAGAUAUGACAGAGACCACAGGGAUAGACUGGAGCGUCCUGAUAAAUCUCGUGGUGAGGAUAUCCUGGCUGAGAAGUCAAGAGACAGGUCAAUGGAAAGAUAUGGAAGAGAGCGUUCAGUUGAAAGAAUGCAAGAGAGGGGAACAGAUAGGAGCUCUGAUAGGGUAGUUGACAAAUCUAAGGAUGACAGAAAUAAAGAUGAUAGGAGUAAACCACGCUACAGUGAUCCAUUGGCUGAAAAAUCUCAUCUUGAUGAUCGUUUUCAUGGGCAAAACUUGCCUCCCCCACCUCCUCUUCCUCCCAACAUGGUGCCACAAUCAGUUAAUGCUAGUCGAAGAGAUGAAGAUGUUGAUAGAAGGGUCAGUAAUACCAGGCAUAUUCAGAGGCUUUCUCCCAGACAUGAAAAAGAACGGAGACGCUCUGAGGAGAAUUCAAUAGUUUCACAGGACGAAGCAAAGCGUAGGAGAGAUGAUGAUUUUAGGGAGAGAAAAAGGGAUGAGCGAGAUGGUUUGUCAAUGAAGGUGGAUGAGAGGGAGAGGGACAAAGCAAACCUUUUGAAGGAGGACACCGAUGCAAAUGCAGCAUCUAAGAGGAGGAAACUUAAAAGAGAGCACUUACCAUCAGGGGAAUCUAGUGAAUAUUCACUGCCAGUCCCUCCUCCACCUCCUAUUGCUAUUGGUAUGUCGCAAUCAUAUGAUGGACGAGAAAGAGGGGAUAGAAAAGGUGCCAUGGUUCAAAGGGCAGGCUACCUGGAGGAACCAGUGCCAAGGAUGCAUGGCAAAGAAGCUACUGGCAAGAUUACCCGACGGGACAGUGAUCAGUUUCCAGAUAGAGAUUGGGAAGAUGAGAAGAGACAGAGAGCUGAGGCAAAAAGGAGGCAUCGAAAAUAGCACUUGAAUGAUGUGCGGUCAAUGUUGGCUUUCAAUCUCUAUCCUUUGUACUUCCAGACCCGAACCAUUUACUGGAAGAAACUUUCUACAGAUGCAGCUCCUGUAUUUUUCAGUUGCAGGUAACAACAUCAAGCAAGCUGUUCGAUUUUUUUUCCCUUUUUCUUCAGUUGAGGAUUACAUUAUAAGCAAGUUUGCUCAACUUGGUGGUCCAACGAGGAAUUUUUUUUUAUUAAUUCUAUGUUAAAUAUAUUUCCCAGUUUAGGUGUCCCGUGCUUCCUAGUUUCUGGUAUAGAUCCAGAUUUUGCAGUUCUGUUCUGAAGAGGACAUUGAUACUGCUUGCUGUCUUCAUGUAUCAUACAACGGGUUGUAUAUUCUGUGCAAUUCAUAAUCUAUAAGCUUGUACUUGUCAAAGCA